AUGGGUUCUCUGUAUGUUGCUAGUAGAUUGUUCUUAGUUCGUCCAUGGUCUACAUUAAUUGAACAACAUAUUGGUUCACUUAGAUCUGUACCUGUAUGGACGAUAAUUAGAGAUUUUCCAAUUCAUCUUUGGAAUGCUACUGGAUUUGCUAGGAUAUGUAGUCCUGUGGGAACUCCAAUUAUGACUGAUACUCCUACAACAAUGAAGACUAGAAUGUCCUUUGCUACAGUUUGUGUAGAAAUUGAUUCAACCUGCACCUUUCCUUCUGAGCUUUCUUAUCAAAUUGAUGACAAAAAAUAUAAGGAGACUGGUGCAGGGAAGACAACGGAAGUGGUUACAAAGUCUAUGCAACGAGACUUGGAGGCAAUGACUCCAAUAGAGGGGAUUUUGACUGAUGGUGUACAGCAUGAUGGGGUCAUAGAAGUGGCAGCUGAACCUUCAGCAGAAAAUUGGACUGUUUAUACUAAAAAGAAGAAGAAAUCAAGCGAAAAAGGUACUUCACAAGUUCAACCUUGCUCCCUGAACCCUUUCUCUGAUUUAAAUACAGACGCUGAAAUUGUGAAUGCGGAGUUAGAUGAAUCUUUGACAGGGACUAGAGAAGAAGUAAUUAGAGAACAAGAAGGUAACAAGGAAGUCAGCGAUGACAAAGUCACAAUUGAAUCUUGUGAUGAUUCUAGCGAAGAGUCGGAGUAUGAAACAGGUAAUGAAGGUAUGGAAGUUACAAAGAUGAGAAUUCUAAAAGAAAUACUUAGAAGGAGACCUAUGACUAAGGAGCAAAAGGUUGAAAAUCUUGUGAAUGUUAGUGCUUUGUUAGGUGUUCGAGGAAAGGAAGGCGACAUGAAGAAUAUAUUCAGUGGAAUAGUAGAAAGGGAUAAGUUAAAGAUGAAGAAACAUGGUGAUAAAGACAUUUAUUGUAACGAAUCCAGUGGCGACGAUGAUUUUGUGAAGCCGGAUAAGAAAAAGAAAACCGAAGACUCAAGUAUAGAUGGUGCUAAAUGA